AUGCUUACAAGGGUGCUGGUGAUAUUAGACGAUAUAUGGUCAAGGCUUGACAUGGAGGAACUUGGGAUUCCCUUUGGAUCAGAUAGACAACACCACGGCUGCAAAAUCUUGUUGACUUCAAGAAGUAUUAGUGCUUGUAACCAGAUGAGAGCUGAUAGAAUCUUUAAAAUACGAGAAAUGCCACUGAAUGAAGCAUGGCUUCUUUUCGAAAGAACAGCUAAAAAAGCUUUUCACCCAGAUCCGAAUCUGCAUCAACUAGCAAGAGAUAUCGUGGAGGAGUGUGGUGGGUUACCACUUGCCAUCGUAACAAUUGCAAGAGCUCUUGAGAGCGAGAAGGACAAGUCUAUGUGGGAUGAUGCGCUUCAGAGACUAAGAAGCUACGACCUUGAAGGAGAGUAUGCUUCUGUGUACUCGAGUCUUGAAGUGACUUACAAUUUUCUAGAAAGCAAUGAGAUGAAACACGUGUUUCUGCUAUGUUGCUUGUUUCCUGAAGGUCAUGAUAUUUCGAUCGAGGAUUUGCUAAGGCUUGGGUUAGGGUUAAGUUUGUUUAAGAAGACAGCUGCGGUUAGUGAAGCUAGGAUCCGAAUAAAUGCUUUUGUUCAGAAACUAAAGAAUUUGAACUUGUUGUUAUAUGGAAGUGAUCAUGAUCAAUCUGUAAAAUUGCAUGAUCUAGUACGUGAUUCUGGUCUUAAGAUUGCUUCCAAGAACAAACAUGUUUUUGUGGUCAAACAUGGUGAUGGGUUGACGUUUUGGCCAUCUGAGCUCACGGACGAAUGUUGCACUUCCAUCUCUCUAAGAUGUGAUGAAAUGUCUGAACUUCCGGGCAGGCUUAACUGCCCGAAACUCGAGCUUUUGCUUUUGAUUGGUGGAAAUCACCCGUUGGAGUUCCCGACUGGUUUUUAUGAAGGUAUGAAUGAACUCAAAGUGAUAGUUCUUAGGGGAAUGUUAGUUCAACUUCAAUCCUAUCCUGAAUCAUUUGAAGUCUCGAGCAAACUCCGAAACUUGUCAUUAGAAUACUGCACUUUUGACAAAACUAGUGAUAUAUCAAUGAUAGGAAAUCUAGUAAAGCUAGAAACCCUAAGCUUUCUACACUCCGAUGUUAAAGAAUUACCCGAAGAAAUUGGAAAGUUAAGCCAAUUAAAAGUACUUGAUCUAACAGGGUGUGGAGAUCUCUUUAAUAUAGCUCCUGGAGUUUUGAAAAGUUUGAUCCAAUUAGAAGAAUUAUACAUGAGUGGAACCCUUGUAAGUUGGCCUGAUGAACAAAUCACAACAUGUAUUACAGAACUCAACUCGUUAUCUAUGUUGACUGCGUUAGAGAUUGAGCUAUCCAUUUAUGAUCUUCUACCAGAUGACUUCAUCUUCAAGAGGCUAAAAAGAUUCAGGAUAUGUAUUGGGUUUUCCAUUGAGAGCAAGAUGUUUCAAAACAUGCUGCAAGUACGCUUUCCAGCUCACUGGAGAGAUGGCGGAAUAGAAGUUCUAUUCAACAGAACUGAAAUCUUGCAUUUACAUGGUUGGCGUUUGUUAACAAAUUCAAGCCUCAAGAAUCCUUCAAGAGCCAACUUCCUGAUGUUGAGAAACUUAAAGCUAGAACGUUGUGAUUUGUCCUAUUUGACAGAAAUAUGUCAGGGCCAAAACCAUGUUGUGGGUGAAAUUACAGUCGAUGAACCUGAUCACCAGCUUACUUUGUUUGAGAACCUACAUGAUCUUGAAAUUGUAGGCUGUGUUAAUUUAAGACGUGUUUUCUCCCUAUCUGCCCCAACAGAUUUUCGUAAGCUUGAAAGUCUCAAGAUUAUUGGGUGUGAAAUGAUAGAAGAAAUUUUCUUGAGGAAGAAAGAUGAAAAAUCUGUUGUUGAGAUUCAGCUUUUAAAUCUGAAAUCCUUGAUUCUUGAAGAUCUCCCACGUCUAACUGGUUUUUGCAAAGAUGUUUUUUCAUUUACGAUUCCUCAACUGUUGGAAUUCCGGCUGCGCAACCUUCCUAAGCUUCAGUCAUUAAAUCAAAAGAUUCUUUCAACUAUGCAACUGAAGGUUUUAUCAGUUUCCAAGAUGAAGAUCAACGAGAUACAGAACCAUCUUCUUCCUGUCUCAUGUUUUGUCAACUUAAGGGUAAUGUCAUUGUGCUACUGUGAUGAUCUAUCAAGUGUUGUUCUUUCUGGGCUCUUACAAAAACCAAAGGAUCUCAAAGUACUACGUAUUGAACGUUGUCAUAUGGUAGAAGUUGUCUUUGACAUAGAUAGGCUGUUAAGAGAAGAUCAUGAGGUGCUUAAAAUUUUGAGCGACUUGGAGCUCGAACAUCUGCCUGCAAUGACACAUAUCUGGAAGCAUGGCCCUGAAACUUUCAUAGGGUUUCAGAACCUGACUAAACUCUCAGUAGCUAGUUGUCAUAAGUUAACUUACAUACUCUUGCCUUCAAUAGCCACUAUUCUUUCACAUCUUCAAGAAUUAUCCAUAACUGAAUGCCGGAAUCUGACAGUAAUUCUCAAGGAAGAAGAUGAACAUGAGGCCACCCAAUUAACAAGUGAGAGUCAUGAACUAGUGUUCCCUAGAUUAAAAUCUCUAGAACUCAUUGAUCUUCCAUGCCUAAGGUGUUUCUACUCCUCGGGAUUGCAUAGCUUUAUAUGGCCAUUACUUGAAUCAGUGUGGAUUGAUUGUUGCAAGGAGAUGAUGGUUUUCACUGCCGGAACCUCCAACACACCGAAGCUUAGGGAAAUUUCAAUUAAUGGACGAAAUCAUAAUAUGGAAGGAGACAUAAACACUGAUCUAAGGUGGCUGCAACAACAGUUGAAUGAUGGUAACACAAGCGAUUCUACCUUCACAAGCUCACUCGUGGAAUGACUACCUCAACAGGCGGAGUCAAAUAUCAAAAUCAAUGUAGCCAUGGAAGACAAAUCACCUUCCUGUUGUAUCUGGCUAUUGGUUCAACAAGGUUCAUAAUUAUGGAAUAUAUUAUAUAUUGUAUUAGGUUAAUACCCCUACAAGAAAAACAUUAUCGAUAAUUUAAAAUGAUAGUGAGUAAUAACAAAUCAAAGA